AUGACAGGAUUGGAUCUAUCCAAUAACAAACUUACAGGUGAAAUUCCACAAGAACUUGGGUUGUUGAGCCAGAUUCGUGCUUUGAAGCUGUAUCACAAUCAGCGGACUGGGCCUAUUCCAAUGAACUUCUCAAAUCUUGCAAAGAUAGAGAGCUUGGACCUCUCUUCAAAUGGUUUGACCGGAAAAGUUCCAUCAGAACUGAUUAAGCUUACAUCUCUAUCUACUUUCAAUGUUUCUCACAACAAUCUAUCAGGCAAACUCCCAGAAAUGAAAGCACAGGUUGGUACCUUCAUAGAGGCAAGCUAUGAAGGGAAUCCACUUAUUUGUGGACUGCCUUUGGAGAAGAAAUGCUCUACUGAUUCACUGGUGACCAAUUCAUCAGCUGAAGUAGACAAUGAGAAAUGGUAUGCUAUCGAUAUGACAUGGUUUUAUGCAAGUUCUGGUUCUACAUGUGGUGUGUUUUGGGUUUUGUUACCCUUCUUUACAUCAAUCCUCACUGGCGUAGAAGAUGGCUACACUGGGUUGAAGAUUGUAUGUUUACAUGUUAUUACUUCCUUUAUGAUUUAG